UUAUACGCAUGCGUAGUGGAGCCUUACGUGGCAAACCCAGUUGGAAUAAAGUAUGGUUGUAGUGCUGUUGUGAUUGUACAAACUUUUUAGUGUCAUUUGUAAUUCUCUGUGGAUUAAACAUGAAUCCACAAUAUCUACCCCAGCAACCACAGCAGCAACAUGGAGCCCCACCAGGUACAGGGUUUGGUCCACCACAAAAUGUAUAUCCUAAUACUCCACAUGGGGGACCCAGACCAUCGCCAUCUGGUACACCAGGAGGAUUUCAACCACCAUCUGGACUACCAGCACCUGGGGGCAUGCACCCACCUGGCCCUCCAGGACCUCGGAAAAUGGUACCACCUCCACAAGUGACCCCAUCCCCUAACAGUAACAUACCUGCACCAGUUGGACCUAUGCCUGCUGGUCCUGGAAUGAUGACUGGAGGCCCCAUGGCAAGCUCUCAUCACCCUGACUUUAGUGGAUCUAACAUGGUGAAAGGGCCGGCAGGCCCUCCCAUAGGACCAGGUUUUCAACCCCGUGGACCUCAUCCUGCACCACAACCACCAAUAAUGGGGCCACCAGCAACAUCAGCUCCAAGUCAGUUAGGAACUCAGUUAUCAGGGAUGAAUUUAAGUGGACAAUCACGACCACCUGUUCAGAUUUCUAAUUAUUCUAGUGGACCUCCAACAAAACCUGGCUUUGGUAGUGAGCCUCUAGGUUCCCCACCAGCAAACUUUUAUCAUCCUCCAGGCAGCUUUCCACAAGGUAUCAAUGGAGGUCCUGCACCUCCCACAUCAUCUCCAGAUCAACCUUUUCAGCCCCCUGGACAGCAACAGCAUGGGUCCUUGCCACUAUCUCAGUAUAUGAAUGGCUCUAUGGGUCCUCCACCAGGACCUGGAAGAGGGCCUAUAGGAGGCCCUCCACAACCUCAUAUACCUGUUCAGGGUGGAAACAUACCUGUAGCACACAGGAGUGUGCCUCCAACAGGGGUGCCACCCCAAUCUGGAGGUAUACAACCACAUCCUGAUGGUAUGCCAUCCCAGUCUGGAGGUAUGCCACCACAUCCUGGAGGUAUGCCACCCCAAUCUGGAGGUAUGCCAUCACAUCCUGGAGGUAUGUCAUACCAGUCUGGAGGUAUGCCACCCCAAUCUGGAGGUAUACAACCACAUCCUGGUAGUAUGCCAUCCCAGUCUGGAGGUAUGCCACCACAUCCUGGAGGUAUGCCACCCCAAUCUGGAGGUAUGCCAUCACAUCCUGGAGGUAUGCCACCACAUCCUGGAAGUAUUCCACCACAUCCUGGAGGUAUGCCACCACAUCCUGGAGGUAUGCCACCCCAAUCUGGAGGUAUGCCAGGUAACUUGAUAUCCCACUCCAUGAUAAAAACAUUGAGGAUGCUGGAGAGAAUUUUUGGACAUUAG